GCAUCUUUGUCAGUGAACAAAAUGGCGGCUCGCGUCCUGUCCGUCCGCGGGCUCCAGCUAGUCCUGGGCUAUGGUGCCCGGAGUUACCAUCUCUCUGCCAUGUGCAGGCGAGCCAAAGUUGCCAUGAGUCGCUUUGAGCCCCAGGAGUACAUCGAUUAUAAACUUCUGCAGAAGAACCUUGACAUAAUUCGCAAAAGGCUGGACAAACCAAUGACUUUGUCAGAAAAGAUUGUGUACAGUCACCUCGAUGACCCUGUUAACCAGGAGAUAGGUCGUGGGAAGACCUACCUGCGUCUCCGACCUGACAGGGUGGCCAUGCAGGAUGCCACAGCUCAAAUGGCCAUGCUUCAGUUCAUCAGCAGUGGGUUGCCCCGAGUUGCUGUGCCGUCUACAAUACACUGUGAUCACUUGAUCGAAGCUCAGGUUGGCGGAGAAAAAGAUUUGGCGAGAGCCAAGGAAAUGAACGAAGAAGUUUUUAAUUUCUUGGCGACGGCAGCAGCGAAAUAUGGAGUUGGCUUCUGGAAACCUGGCUCUGGCAUCAUCCACCAGAUUAUUUUAGAGAACUAUGCUUACCCAGGCAUCCUGCUGAUUGGCACAGACUCCCAUACUCCUAAUGGUGGUGGCCUGGGUGGUGUGUGUAUUGGAGUUGGAGGAGCGGAUGCAGUCGACGUGAUGGCAGGAAUCCCUUGGGAGCUGAAGUGUCCAAAGGUUAUCGGAGUAAAGCUGACGGGGCAUCUGUCGGGCUGGACGUCACCAAAAGAUGUCAUCCUGAAAGUCGCUGGCAUUUUGACAGUCAAAGGGGGAACUGGUGCAAUAGUAGAAUAUCACGGGCCAGGCGUGGAGUCUAUCUCCUGCACAGGCAUGGGCACUAUCUGUAACAUGGGUGCCGAGAUUGGUGCAACCACUUCUAUUUUCCCCUACAAUUCCAGGAUGAAGGCAUACAUGGACAAGACUGGCAGAGAAGAGAUCGCUGCCCUUGCUGAUGAGUUCCAAGAUCUGCUGGUUCCUGAUGAGGGCUGUGAAUACGAUCAGAUGAUUGAAAUUAACCUCAAUGAGCUUAAACCACACAUAAAUGGGCCUUUUACCCCUGACCUUGCACAUCCUGUGUCAGAGGUUGGGGCAGCAGCAGAGAAGAACGGUUGGCCUCUUGAUAUCCGAGUUGGUCUGAUUGGCAGCUGUACCAACAGCAGUUAUGAAGAUAUGGGCCGUUCAGCUGCUGUGGCACAACAGGCACUUGACCAUGGCCUGAAGUGUAAAUCACAGUUCACUGUAACGCCAGGCUCUGAGCAGAUCCGUGCUACCAUUGAGAGAGACGGAUAUGCUAAAACCCUGAGAGACUUCGGUGGCAUUGUUCUUGCUAAUGCGUGUGGACCUUGCAUUGGACAGUGGGACAGACGGGACGUUAAGAAAGGUGAAAAGAACACCAUUGUGACUUCCUACAACAGAAACUUCACUGGACGCAACGAUGCUAACCCUGCAACACAUGCCUUCGUCACAUCUCCUGAGAUUGUCACUGCCUUUGCCAUCGCUGGAACCUUGAAAUUUGACCCCGAGCGUGAUUCACUGACUGGAGCUGAUGGGAAGAAGUUCAAACUGAAACCACCAAAUGCUGACGAGCUGCCCACCAAGGGCUUUGAUCCCGGUCAGGACACAUACCAAGACCCACCAAAAGACUCCCAGGGCAUUUCAGUCCAUGUCAAUCCAAAGAGCAAUCGGCUGCAGCUGUUGGAGCCAUUUGAUAAGUGGAACAAGAAAGACUUGGAGGAUCUGCAAGUGCUGAUCAAGGUGAAAGGCAAGUGUACCACUGAUCACAUAUCAGCUGCUGGACCUUGGCUGAAGUUCCGUGGCCACCUUGACAACAUUUCAAAUAAUCUGCUAAUCGGUGCCGUUAACAUUGAGAAUAACAAAGUCAAUGAGGUCAAAAACCAGUUAAGCAACCAGUAUGGACCUGUGCCAGAAACUGCUCGUGCUUACAAGAAACAAGGCAUCAACUGGGUGGUGGUUGGUGAUGAGAACUAUGGUGAGGGCUCCAGCAGAGAGCACGCUGCCCUCGAGCCUCGGCAUCUAGGAGGCCGCGCCAUCAUUGUCAAGAGCUUCGCUCGAAUUCAUGAAACCAAUCUCAAGAAGCAAGGACUCCUUCCUCUGACCUUCGAUAAUCCUGCCGAUUAUGACAAGGUGCAACCAGAUGAUAAAGUCUCCAUUAUUGGGCUGAAGGAAUUUACCCCUGGAAAGCCUCUCACUUGUAUCCUUAAGCACAAGGAUGGCAGCCAAGAUACAAUAGUGCUCAACCACAGCUUCAACGAGGGUCAAAUUCAGUGGUUCCAAGCUGGCAGCGCGCUCAACAGGAUGAAGGACCUGCAGAAGUAAAGGGGCCUGCUACCGGAGGAGAAGGGAGAGGAGACUGUGACCAAGGACUUGGUUGUAUUCGUGUAGCUAUUGCUCAGCCUUCACUGCUGCCAAAUCCUCCAGUAACAUGCACUGUGACAUUCAGCAGUUGCACUCAGUCAGGUCCGAUAUUCAGACACCACCUUUGGACAAUCAACAAUAAGCCUGUGUUAGUGAUCAUUUUUAAAUAUAAUUGGUUCAUUGUCUCCUACCUCGCUGUGAAGUGAACGGAGCCUAAUUUCUGUGGUCCUCUUAGAUGCUAUUUAUUUUUAAUUUUCUGUACAUUUUGCUUUGCCAGAAGAAACCAAACUAAUGUGUUUGCUUCCUUUCAGUGUUUUAAGGUGUCACCAAAUCAAGUAAAAUUCGGUUCAUGGUUUUCAACAAAAACAACUGACCUAAUAAAAUCCAGAAACUGAAACGUGUUCUUCAGGACUGGUAAAUCACUGGCAUAGGCAGUGUGUAUGAUAUUCCUGUUGAACAGGGAACCUAGCCCUGGAGCCUGAGGCACUGGUAAAUGAAUGCUGGUCUCUGUAGGUGGUGUGUGUGGUACUGCUGUACAUGUUUUUUUUUCUCAUUAGCAUGCCUGGCUUAAAUUUCCUAUCUGUAGUUCACCUCAAGAAGGCAAUGGUGGGUAUUCUUGAACCACUACUGUACUUGUGGUGAAGGUGAUCCCAUAGUGCUGUUGGAAAAGGAAUCCCAGGAUUUUGGCCCAGUGCCAAUAAAAGAAUGGUGAUAUAUGUUCAAGAUAACUUAGUGUGUGGCUUGGAGAUAAUGGCAUUCCAAUCCAUUUGCUGCCCUUACCUUUCCAGGUGUUGGAGGUUGCCAAAUAAUUCUUGGAGAGCAGAUAUUGAUAGCUGAUGGUGGAGAUUUAGUGGUUGAGGUUUCAGUCAAAGAGGUUGCUUUGUCCUGGGUGGUAUUGAGCUUCUUGAAUGUUGUUGCAGCAGCACCCAUUCCAAGCAUCUGAGGCAUAUGAAGAAUAUUCCAUUAAAUUCUUGACUUGUGCCUUAUAAGUGAUAGAAGGGCAUUGGGAUGUUAGGAGAUGAGUCACUUGCUGAAGUAUAUCCAGCUUCUAUCUGCUCUAGUAACCACAGCAUUUCUGUGGCUGAUCUAGUUGAGAUUUUGGUCACUAAGUGACCCCAAGAUGUUGAUGUGGGAAUUGGUGAUGGUAAUGCAAUUGAAUGUCAUGGGGAAGUGAUUAGGCUCUGCCUUGUUGGAGGUGGCCAUUGCCUACUGCAAUUGUAACUUGCCACUUAUCAGUCUAAGCCUGGAUAUUGUCCAGCUGAUGAUAGUUGGGUCUUGGAAGUUCCCUCAGGAACUUCUGGGAUAUCCUGUAGCUGCGAUGAUUGGUAUCCAGCAACCACAAUUGUCUGCCUUAGGUAUACUCCAGCCACUGGAGAGUUUCCCCCCACCCCUGUCUGGUUUUACAGAUAGUCCUUGGUGACUCACUUGAUUGAACACUGCCUUGAUGUCAAGGACUGUCACUCUAACCUCCCCUCUAGAUUUCAGGUCUUUAUGUCCAUGUUUAGACCAAGGCUGUAAUGAGGUCUGGGAUCUGAAUAACCCUGAUGGAACCCAAUCUGAGUUGAACAGAUUAUUAGUGAAUAAGUACUGCUUGAUGGCAUUUCUGAUGACUCCUUUCUUCUCUUUGCUAAGGAUUGGGAGUAGAUUAAUAGGACAGUAAUUGGCCAGGUUGGACUUGUUCUUGGACAGGAUAAAACCUGGGCUUUUCCACAUUCAGAUGGAUGCCAGAAGCUAUACUGGAAUAGAGUUGAAGCUAUUUUUGGAGCACAUGUCUUAAGCAUAAAAUGUUGUCAGAACCCAUAGCUUUUCUUGAUAUUUCCUGAAGACUGAUGGUGAAGAAAGAUCAUCCACUCGACACUUUUGGCUGAAGAUGGUUGUAAAUGCUUUAGCUAUUGCACUCAAGUGCUGGGCUCUGCCGUUGUUGAGAACAAGAAUAUCCAUGGUGCUUUCUCCUGCUAAUUGCCUAGCCCAGGAGACUGAGGGCCUGCUCAAUGACCCUCAUCCCAAUUGGAAGUGUGUACAGUAAAUCAAUUUAAUAUUAGUUCAGGAGUUGUUGCAUUCUCAGUAAUCUGAUUUAAAUUGUUUGUUUCCUCCUAGAAGAGAUUGUUUCUUUGGAAAGCAGCUGAUCAAAAUUGAAAAGGGUUAUAAACUUUGAGGUGGAGGGGUGAAAGAAAAUGAAUUUUUAAUAUAAUUAGUUCACUUCUGGAUAUCUGAGAUGUUGACCAUCAUCUUGCUUUGACUGGGAGAGGAAAGAAUUAGGUGAUGUUUGCUAGUGUGAACCAAUAACACCAUUCCCUAAAAGAUAGCUGGUGCUCAGGAGUAGCAAUGAUUAGCAAUCUGUUUUUUUUUCUCUCUUCCCAACACUAUCCAACCCUUCCAACGGUUUUAGUAAAUCUAUAUCCUGCUACUUCCAUGACACUGGGCAAUGUUGUUAGACCCACCUCUUCUCUGUUCUGUGUGUUUAUAUUGUCAUCAGCCACUAGUCAUUGGUGGGGAACACAAUCCUAGGGUGAAAUUCAGGUUGGAGGUCAGGUUGCCAACUCUGGCUGGAUGUAUUCCUGGUAGUUGCAUCACAUGACCCCUUCCAAAUGUCCCACCCCUUCGCUCCCCCGACAUGUUCAUUCUGAUGGCAUCCAGCUUUCACAAACCUAUUGAAAAGUGUAAUACUCUUCAUUAUCUAAUUGGAUGAUUUCUGACCAUGAAACAACCUUUUACUCCCCAUAUCCAUUAUCUUUACAACUAUUAAACAAGAGGGUUGAAAGAAAAUUACAAUUUUUUUAAUGCCCCUAUGAUUUUUCUCCUGUGUUGCUCCGGGCAGUGACCUGGAGAUUAAACCUUCAAUUCCUUGAGAUUCUGGGCUAUUGCUGGAAUGUAGGAAAGGCCAUUCUGCCCCUUGAUCCAUGGAUGAUUUUUAUCCCGACUUCAUAUUUCUGAAUUGGUUCCAUAACAAUUAAUACCACUGCCUAAUAAAAAACUGUUACUCAGUUCUGAAAUUUUCAAUUGACUCCAUGCCUCAGCUGUUGUGUUGAAGAAGUGCUUCCUGACACCAACCCUGAACAGCCUAGCUCUGAUGGGCUGGCAAAUCUCAAUGGUGUUAGUCCUGGGGUCAUAGUGAAAAUGGUGAAGUUGAGCCUGCUUUAUGUAUCAGCGUCCUUACAUGACUCUCUUUGCAUCACACAGAGCCAUGUCAGUGCAACAAACUGCCUCAAACUCUGCAUUUAGUGUUCAUGAAACUCUCUGGUCUCCAUGAAUUGGGCUAUUUAUGUUUGAGUGUUUAUUUUAAGUUUGUUCUUGGGAUGAGUGGUACUGACGAGGUCGCAUUUAUUGCCCUUCUCCAGUUGCCCCAGAAAGUUGGUGGUGAGCCACUUGUGUUUUGUAGCAAUCUUUUUUUGUGUGGCUUACAGGGGCACCUCAGAGGGCAUUGAAAGUCAACCAUGUAGUGUGGGAUUGGAAUCCCAUGGAGACGAGCGAGGAAAGGCAGACACAUUCCCUUCCCUGAGAUAGUUUGAAUUUUAUGAUAAUCUGGUCCAUUUUUCUGGUGUCUGCUGCUAAAUUAUCAGAUUUUUAUGGAAGUCAGCUUUGCAACUUUCCUGGGUGGGGAUUUGAACCCUAAUUGCUAGGACUGUACACUAACUGGUGCUGUCAGGAGAUAUCAAAUCAAGACAUUUGAUCAAAGUCAAUCAUCUCAGUUCCCAAACUGCAGGGUUAGGUUAUUGCUGCUAACUUUGUUUCCCAAAGCUGUUAGCACAAAAUGGAGUAUGGAUAUGAGUGUGCUUGCAGUCAUACUGUAUCACACUCCAGUGGCUAUUCAUCUGCGAGCACAGACUAGUGUGCCAGGCUAUUUGACAAUGGAGGAGCAUCAUAACCAAGCUACGCCAUUGAGCUGUUUGAGCCUGUUCCUCCAUUCAGUUAGACUGUGGCUGAUCUUAUUAUCUCCUCACCCUGGCUCUGACCUUGGGCUGCUGUCCCACACCACCUAGAAGUUGCAUCAGCAGAGACCAAGAACCAGAUUCUUCAGUUGUGCAUCCUUUUGGGUGUAGAUGGCAUUGGGAGACGAAACAAGAGGCAGUGGUGCUCCUCCAAUGGCUUCAUAAAUCAGUGAGUAAAGAGUCCUGCAAAGCAGAAAGGUCCUAACUUUGAUCUCUGCACUACUGAAUUGGGUGAUUUGGAGUGUGCCAAUAGAUCACCUUUGAGUUGGGCUGGAAAAAAUGGUCAGGGGUUCUUGCUUUUGAUUUCUACUAUUGACUCCUGCUGAGUAAUGCACAUAUGUGGUUGUGCAGUGAUUGUGGGCUCUGCCAUGAUCAAAUAGCCUACAAUGUCAGCUUUGUACACUGGUAGCACUCUUGCCUCUGAGUCCCACAUCCGAGCCUGAAGUGCACAAACCAGGCUGACACUUCAGUGCAGCACUGAGGGAGCGCAGUCUCGAAACAUUAAACCAGGCUCGUGUCUGCUCUUGGGUGGACAUAAAAGAUAUCAAAGUGCUAUUUUGAAGAAGAGCUGAGGUGAUUUCCAAUAUCCUGGCCAAUAUUUAAGCCUCAACCAUCACUAAAACAGGCUAUCUGUUAAGUAAAUAAUAUUUUAAAAAUAGUGUCUGUGAUGUUAUAGAAACAUAGUAUAGUCAUUAUCUCAUUGAUGUUUGUGGAUCCUUGCUAUGCACAAUUUCCUACGUUACAACAGUGACUAACACUUCAUACUUCAUUGGCUGUAAAACACUUUGGGACAUCCUGAGGUCGUGAAAGGUGCUAUAUAAAUAACCACAAGUUUUUAGUUUUGUUGACUUCACCAUUAAGGCUCACACUUGAGGAUAGGGUACUUGGCAGAGGUACCAGAACAUAAAAUCCAACAGGGCGAGGGGGGAUGAAAAUGGGCAGGAAUGCAAGAAUUGCACUGAUUUCCAAAUGAAUCCAUGCAGUCAUAGUUUUGCUCCGUUUUAACUUGCACUGAAUUCUUUGCCCAAGAUGUACCACCUUUUAGAGUGUGUCAGGCAUGUCUACAACGCCAGUGUAAGCUUCAAUGAUUCUGAAUUGACAUACCCUUCUGAAAAAUAAAGCUAAAUAAAUGUG